AUUAAUAUAUGUAUGUAGAGAAUAUGGGUUGGAAUAAUAAUGAUAAUAAUGGGUCAUCAUCUUCAUCAGAUGGGAAAGAACGUCUUCGUUGGACACAAGAUCUCCAUGAUCGCUUUGUUAACGCUGUCACUAAGCUUGGCGGUCCUGACAGGGCAACACCGAAGGGUAUAUUGAAGGCUAUGGGGGUUUCUGGGUUGACCAUUUACCAUGUUAAAAGUCACUUACAGGUUCUCUCUCUUUUUCUAUAAUAUAUAUACUGUAUAUUUAUAUAUGUGUAUGUAUAUGUUUGUACUAGUUAGGAAUUAAUCAACUCAUAUAUAUAUUACCGUGUGUCGUUUUGUGUAUAAAAAUUAUUCCAUUCACCAAAAUUUCUAUAUGCGUACAUAUGUAUAUAUGUAUGUAUAAUAUGUGUAUAUAUAACAGUAUAUUACUACAGUUGAUACACACAUAUGUAUUAUGAUCAAUUUACUUUAUUCUUGAUCUAGAAAUCAAUAUAAUUAAAAUAAUUUUUUCCUUUUGUUAAAAUAAAAAAGCUUUUGCAAUUAC